GGCGCAGGUCUGCGCUUGCGCAGUCUGCACCCGGAAGCGCGGUUUCGAGAGCCUAUCCCAUUCCGAGACAACAACCCGAUUCAAUAUUCUUCCUUAUUGCUACUACCCAUGACUAAAAACACACGGAAACUUCUAGAGAGUAAUUAUGGACAGCUUGAAAGUCUGAACACGAUUUUGAUUUGUUUUUGAAUUAAUUUUUUGGAGGAUUAAUAGUUCUGAGAGUGAUCCCAGGCAUUGAUUAUUAUGUCUCUCCACAAAGUGUCGGACACUUCGCUGACCUCCCCAUCAACAUCUGAGUCCAAACAGGCAAAACUCUAUGUAGUCAAGGAGGCAAAAGGGCUUCCUGAGCUAAAGGAGAAAAAAUCCAUGGUGAACCACCUCAAACCCCUUCCUCCCCUUCAGAAUGACUACAGAAUCCCCGAGGAAGUUCUUCUCUCUCUGAACUAUGCAGCUAAUGCCGGUCCCUGUCCUGAAAGCUUACUGCCUGUGAAGAAACCUAAAGCCCCAAAGUGUGCCCUUCCACGUCUUGUAGAUCAUGUCUGGCAGCACCCUAUUCGAAGGGAUAAAUUCAAAUACCUGAUUGAUCAUCCUGUCUCCCUAACAGGAGCUGGAAGGGAUAUUUCUUUCCUGUAUGAUGUUAAAUACGUGAAAGGAGAGGCCGUGGAGAAAAAACUUUGUCCCCCAAACAAGUCAACACAGUCACAAAGCAGUGCCAUGGUGCCUCAUAAGGAGAAGACAUUAGCAGACACUUUGGUUCCUGAGGAAUUUCAUAUUGUGUCAAAUACAGGAGUUUCAGGUUUGGAGUGUUAUGACGACAAAUACACCACCCUCCUCACAGACAGUGAGAACAGGUUGUUGCUCUUCCCAUCCAUGAAACCUAAUAAAAGAGUAGAAGUGGUCCAGUUGAGCAACGUGAUGGACACCAUGCUGGAGAGGGCUGGAAUAGAAAAUGAGAAUUAUGUAGGGCCAACCAAGAUGCACCAGCUGCUCAACGUGCUGAAGAGGGAGCAGAGCAUCUACAACACAGUGUUUCAUGAGCUGAUCCGGCAGGUCAGCGUAGACUGUGCAGACAGAGGAGAGCUGCUGUCAAAAAUCAGAGAGAAGUAUGUGCAAAUGCUUGACCAUAUCGCCCAGCAGAUGAUUGAAUUCUAUAAAGACCUGGUGACUCAGCGGAUGAUGGACCAGCGCAUCUUACAAGAACUGUAUAACUUCAAGAACGUGAUUGAAGAACUGACCAGGGAACUUUGUCUGGUUCAGGCCCAUGACAGGAAAUUAACAAAGGAAGCAGAGAAAGUCCAGAAGAACCUGGCAGAAGCUCUUUUGGAAGCGGAAAAGAAUGCCAAAAUAGUAGAAGACUACCACGACUUAUACACAAUGCAGAGAGGAAGGAUGGAGAGUGAUAUUAAACUCUUAAUGACUGAAAGAGACAUUUGGAGCUCAGCCACAUAUGAACUAGCCCUGAAGGUAAUUGAAAGAAAUAGAGUCAUACUGGCUAAAAAACUCUACCUUAGUGAGAAAGGCUGGAAUAAAUAUGCUAAGCAUUUCAUUAUAAUGCUGUCAACUAAGGACACUGGAGACCUUGGGAUGGUGGAGAAGUUGACAGAAAAAUGGAAAAAGCUAGUGAACAAGUUUAAGCAGGAUGUGGAACGCACGGAGGAAUCCACAAAAGAAAAAUCAGAAAUUGUGAAGGCUGGGAUCAUCAAGUGGCAGGAAUUCUUCAAUAACAACCUUGGAAAAGAUGUUAUAAUCCCUAGUAAGAGAAGCCCAUUCGCCGUAGCCCUUAAUGACUUCAAGGAGUAUGAAAAGAUGCUGGAGGAGGAGAAAGAGAAGUUUACAGGGGAUUUUCUUUUGUCCAGAUAUGAUGCUCUCAAAGUGAUUAAACGCUUACAGGAAAACUGGACAGAUAUCGGGUUUGGGAUACUGAGUCGCCAUAAAAGUAUGGAUGGGUUGUUGCCACCAGAGCACGAGUACAUGGAAGAUAUUGUAAAAAUCAUAAGCAAGCUCUACAGAGAAUAUGAAAUAAGAAUAAACGGUGACAAUGGUAUCUCUAAAGUUCUUCCAAACUUGGUCAUUUCUUUGGACAUGUGUGUUUUCAAGUUAGAAAACUUCCUUGAUUAUUCUCAAGUACCCACUGAAGAGUGGCUUGAAAUUGAUGAAAAGAUUAAUGAAAUGAAGUUUCAUCUGGAAGCGCUGUUGAACAUUAUUGAUUCGGUUCCAGAGGGCAUGGACAUGGAACCUGGCGCGGCACUCCUAGAACAUAUAUGUGAAAUGAUUCAACAAUGGCUCUUGAAGUUAGGCAACGAAAUCACCAAUGGUCAAAUUGAACUUCUUCGCCACAUGGAUGAGAUGCAUAUAGCUAUGAUCCAGUGGAUGGUAAAUUUGCUGACCAUAAUGCUUCCUGACUUUACCGACCAAGACAUUCUCCCGAAGAGGGAGGAGAGCAGCUUAGAGACCCCUGAGGAGCAUGAAAUAGGCAUCGCAGAGUUAGAGAUAAACGCAAUUGCACUGGUCAAGCGGUUGGCACGAUACUCCAGCUACUUGCACAGUUGCUGUAUAGGCAUGGUAAGAGCAAUGGCCCUGAGUAGAGCUGCUCACUUACAGAAGAAUCCUGCUAAGGACCGUCAGGACCUGGAAAGGAUGAAUAGAGAAUGUUAUGAUUGGAUCAGCACAUGUUCACACCUCAUUUCUGAUAUCAAAGGCAGGAAAAUACGAUUACUGUCAUAUGAGGAAGCAGAGAAGCUGCUCGGGGAAGAGGAAGCUUCAAAACUUUAUUUUGACCCAGAAAAACCUCCUAUUGAUGAUGAUACCGAUGAUGAAAUUGACUUUAAGAAGCCUAAGUUUCAAGAAAAGGAAGCACCAUUGCCAGCAGCAGCAGAAGCAGAGGCAAUAGAAGCAACAGAGGCAGCAGGAGCAGCAACAGCAGAAGCAACAGGAGCAGCAGAAACAGCAACAGCAGAAGCAACAGGACCAGCAACAGCAGAAGCAGCAGGAGCAGCAGGAGCAGCAACAGCAGAAGCAACAGAAGCAGCAGGAGCAGCAACAGCAGAAGCAACAGGAGCAGCAGGAGCAAAAGUCACAACAGAACAGGGACCUUCGCCAUCUACAAAUGAGAAAACCAUUCGAUACAUUAAGAAAGAUGAAAAUAUUCAUUGCAAACCUCUCUUCGAAGAAGGCAUAUUUUUCUCCUGGAGAGAACCACCUAGUCAAGGUGUAAUGGAGCCAAAGUAUCUUGAAAUAAUGAAUGUAAUUGAGCAUAUGCAGAGGAAGCUAACAGAGAUGGACACCAGGGCCAGGAAGGCAGAGGAGAGGUUUGAUGAGGUAAACGAGCAGCUUCAUCACAGCCUCAUAAGAAACAGAAACCUGGAGAGGGAGCUAGAAGAAUUGGUGAAGACAACCAUGAUGGGGUCACAAGUGAAGACAGAAAAUGCCAAAGAGAACCAGGAGGACCGUGGGGGAAAGGAUGAUGAUGAACACCAACAAACACAAACGCCCCCAACAUCUGCCAAGAAAGAAGCACAGCCCACGAACAGUUCUGAAGCACCUGAAGAUCAGAAUACACCUGAGCCCAAACCCAAUUAGCCUCCCUAGAGAGUGGGGCUCACAGUGCCUGUGUCCCUGAAGACGCCUGAGUAUUGCUGAGCUGUCGCAUUGGCAACACAGCUCACAUGGAUGGACUCGCAUAGCAACAGGCAUUAGGAAAGCCAUGCCAUCAAGCCAAGAAAAUUUCUCUCUAGAAGCAUGGCAGAAGCCAUAGGAAGUCAGUAUAUGAGUUUACUUGCUAGAUUAAAAACAGCUUAUGAGAAAGGA